CCCGCAAAUUCUACCCGAACCCGGUGAAACCCUGUGCAGGGUAACCCACCGGCCUGGGUGGGAUGGGUUUGAUCACCAAGUUGCAGCCCCAUCAUCUAGUAUAUAUGUAUAUAAGCCGCGGACGCUAAAAUUAGGGUUUUGAGCGGUCAAGGGUUUGCUGUCAGAGCCGUCGUCCUCUUCGUAGCAUUCUUCCUCUGAAGCUACCCUCACUCCCUCAUUUCCUUCCAGAAUGGCGGUUGGGAAGAACAAGAGGAUUUCCAAGGGAAAAAAGGGAGGCAAGAAGAAGGCAGCCGAUCCCUUUGCAAAGAAGGAUUGGUACGACAUCAAGGCUCCUUCUGUCUUCGAAGUUCGCAAUGUCGGCAAAACCCUCGUUUCCCGCACCCAGGGUACCAAGAUAGCUUCUGAAGGGCUCAAACAUCGGGUGUUUGAGAUAUCACUUGCUGACCUUCAGGCUGAUGAGGAUCAGGCUUAUAGAAAGAUUCGACUGAGAGCUGAAGAUGUUCAAGGGAGGAAUGUUCUGACAAACUUUUGGGGAAUGGAUUUUACAACUGACAAGUUGAGGUCUUUGGUGCGGAAAUGGCAAACAUUGAUUGAAGCUCAUGUGGAUGUGAAGACAACUGACAACUACACCUUGAGGUUGUUCUGCAUUGCAUUCACUAAGAAGCGUGUAAACCAGAACAAGAAGACUUGUUACGCACAAUCCAGCCAAAUUCGACAGAUUCGACGGAAGAUGAGAGAAAUCAUGACAAACAUGGCAACAUCUUGUGAUCUGAAGGAAUUGGUCAAAAAGUUCAUUCCUGAGAGUAUUGGCCGAGAGAUCGAGAAGGCAACUUCAAGCAUCUAUCCUUUACAGAAUGUGUACAUUCGGAAAGUUAAGAUCUUGAAAGCUCCUAAGUUUGAUCUUGGAAAGCUGAUGGAGGUAUUUUUUUUUUUAACUCUUUUCAUUUGUCUAUUUUCUAAUUUAACAUACAUAAACAUUAAACCAUUAAAAAAAAAAACCUGUCACCUUUUUAUGCCAAAUCCUGCCAAGAAGUAGCAGUGCGAUGGAAAUUGCUCAAGAUUCAUAAAAUCUAUACCAUGUGUUGCCUCGUAUCAAUAAUUUUAUUAAAUUACUUAAUAGGAAAAUUUUGAGGUCUUGUUGAAGUCAUAAAAAGGAACUUGUGAAAUCUUUUAAAAAAUGGAAAAAAUUAUUAUACUUCAAUGUACUGCAGCUGUAGCAAUGGUAGUUGUGGAUAUACAACACAAAGGAAAGUUAAAGAUCUUUACCCAAAAUAAUUAGUCUCUAACUUGCCCAAUAAAUAUGUUAGUGGAUGAAAAGCCCUUGGCAUAGAUGCAGUCAAUUUUAACUUUAUAUGCAAAGUAUAGUUGCAAAAUAGUCAUAAGAAGGAUGCUGAAUCUAUUAGCUAGUUUCCUUAUUUGUCAAGCCCAAUGAAGGGAAAGUCAGCUAAAAAGCUCAUUGGAUGGUUUGUAGAACUAGUUCAUUUUCUGAAUAAUACACAUUUUUGUGGUGCUCUGUAGAAUUUGGACAGUAUUUAGAUGGGAAAUCAGAUUUUUGUUAGUGUCGAGAGAUGGUCCUUUAAAAGACGCAUUCUGUAAUUCCUAGUAUCACAUGUGUAUGCAGGUUCAUGGUGAUUAUUCGGAAGAUGUUGGCACAAAGUUGGAGAGGCCUGCUGAUGAACCAGUGGCUGAGGGGGUAACUGAAGUCAUUGGAGCUUGAAUUAUCAAUUUUGUGAUUCCCCUUUGUUAUUUUCUUAUAUUUCUGUUAAUGAAUGACUUGAAUAGGUAGCGCAAACUGCAGAUUUUGGUUUAGCUGAGAGAUUUAGAUUUUGCUUUGACUUCAAGAAACCCAUUUUGAGUUUCAAUCAAUUCGAUUAAUUUGCUAAA